AUGGCAUUGGUACAAAAAUAUGGAAAGCCAGAUAUUUUCUUGACCAUGACAUGUAAUCCAAUGUGGAAAGAAAUUCAAGAUUGUCUGCAAUUUAAAGAGAGAGCUCAGGAUAGGCCAGACCUGUUGUCUAGAGUAUUUAGAGCAAAAUUUGAAGUGCUCAAGGCAGAACUUUUGGACAGAAAAAUUUUUGGAGAAGUUGCUGCAUGCGUUUAUGUUAUUGAAUUCCAAAAACGGGGCUUUCCUCAUGCACACUUAUUAUUAAUCUUGAAACCACAAUUCAAAUUGCUUAAUCCUGAGUCAUAUGAUAGAAUAGUUUCCGCUGAGCUCCCUGAUCCUAAGCAGUUUCCUCAUUUGUAUUCUCUUGUUCUUAAGCACAUGGUUCAUGGACCUUGCGGAGACAUGGCCAAGAAUAGCCCUUGUAUGAAAGGCGGUAGCUGUAAAAAUCAUUAUCCGAAAAAUUUCUGUGAACAUACAACUCAUGCUGAAGACAGCUAUCCAUACUAUAGGAGAAGAGAUGAUGGUAGCAAAAUAACUGUCCGCAGGUUUGAACUUGACAAUAGAUGGAUCAUUCCUUAUAAUCCAUAUCUUUUAGCCUUGCUUGAUUGUCACAUGAAUGUGGAAAUCUGUUCCACUUUGAAGCUGGUCAAAUACUUAUACAAGUAUAUCUUCAAAGGACAUGAUCUUAUCAGCUUCAAAAUUAUAUCUGAUGAUUCCCGUGCUGAUGUCGAUGAGAUUAGAGAAUUCCAGCAAGGAAGAUGGAUUUCACCCCCUGAAGCAUUUUGGCGCAUCUUUGAGUUUAGGCUAAACGAGAUGACUCCAGCUGUCUAUACUCUACAAGUUCACUUACCUGACCAGCAACUGAUUACUUUCAACAAGAACUCAGACCUUUUACAGCUGAUGAGGAAAAUUGACUUUUCAAAAACCAUGUUGACUGAGUUCUUCAAAAUGAACAAAGCAAAUGGAACGGCUAAAACCUUGAAGUGCUUUUAUAGAGAAUUUCCAGAGUAUUUUGUUUGGUCUUUUAAAUUUAAAACUUGGACUGAGAGAAAGCGUAAGAGAGCCAUUGGAAGGCUGGUCACCGUCAGCCCUCAUGAAGGAGAGAGAUAUUACCUUAGACUCCUGCUAACUCAUGUUCGAGCUCCUACGUCAUUUGAUGACCUCUUGAAUGUUGAUGGCAAAAAAAUGAAUUGCUUUAGAGAUGCUGCUUUGGGCCUUGGUCUUUUACAGUCUGACACAUAUAUACAAGAAACUCUUGAAGAAGCAGUUCUUUUUCAAAUGCCAUCCUCUUUGAGGCUGCUAUUUGCUACUAUUCUUGUUCAUUGUUCUCCAGCAGAUCCUGCAUUUCUUUGGAACAAAUUCCAGCUUGAUCUUUCUGCGGAUUACCACCGAUCUCAACAUCUCUGUUUUAAUACACCUGAAGAAAUAAGCAAUAAGGUCCUGCAAGAAAUUAAAAAAAUUGUCGAACAAAUGGGUAAGAGUUUUGCUGACUACCAUCUAGCUGCAGACACUUCAGUAGAUGUUCACUAUGAACAGCUAACAAAGGAAAUUGAAUGUGAAAAAAAUAUUGAAGUUCCAGCAGAAGAUCUAAUGAUGCCUUUCAAAUUAAAUGCUGAACAGCGGCAUGCCUAUGAUUUAAUUCUGCAGUCAGUUUUCUGUCCUGUUGGCCAGAGUUUUUUUAUUGAUGGCCCUGGGGGAACCGGUAAGACCUUCUUAUAUAGGUCUCUUCUAGCUACUUUAAGAUCCCAAGGCUACAUUGCUAUUGCAGUUGCAACGUCGGGUGUCGCAGCCUCUAUUCUUCCAGGAGGAAGAACAGCUCAUUCAAGAUUCAAAAUACCAUUAGAUUUUUCUAGAAAUAAAACCUGCCAGAUUAGUAAACAGGGCAGUGUUGCAAAAUUACUUUUUGAAUCAAAGUUAGUCUUGUGGGAUGAGGCUUCAAUGGCCAAGCAAGAAACUAUUGAAGCCUUUGAUGGUUUGCUUAGGGAUAUAAUGGACUGUGACCGUCCAUUUGGAGGAAAAGUAGUUGUUUUCGGUGGCGAUUUUCGCCAAACUUUGCCAGUUAUCAAACAAGCUACAAAGCAAGUUCUCAUACAAUCUAGUCUCCCUAACUCUCCUCUAUGGUCUCAGCUGGAAAAGCUGCAGUUGGUGCACAAUAUGCGAGCCAUUUUAGAUCCAGCAUUCUCAGACUUCUUAUUAAGAAUAGGAGAAGGAAGAGAAACUGUUGAUAGACAUGGCGAAAUAACUUUACCUUCUGCCAUGGUCAUUCCUUAUAUUGAAAAAGAACAAUCUUUGAACAGGUUGGUCGAAUCUGUUUUUCCAGAUUUAAUGACCUAUUCAAAAAAUCCUUAUAGUAUGAUCAAUAGAUGUGUCCUUGCUCCAAAAAAUAGCUCCGUUGAUGAAAUAAAUGACAUGAUGAUCAAAAGAUUUCCUGGAAACCUUCAUGUGUACGUCAGUUCUGAUAGAACCGUUGAUCCCCGGCAUCAAGGAGACUAUCAAGAUUUCUUGAAUUCUCAAAAUCCAAAAGGCCUUCCUCCUCACAAGUUGCUACUCAAAGAAAAUUGUCCAAUCAUGCUUAUAAGAAAUUUGAACCCUACAGAAGGAUUAUGCAAUGGAACGCGACUCAUUUGCAGGGAGCUAAAGCAGAAUACUAUCUGCGCAGAGAUAGCUUUUGGCCAACAUCGAGGCAAAAGAAUUUUUCUGCCUAAAAUUCCUUUACAAGUUUCUGAUAAUGACAAGAAUGGCUUGCCAUUUAUAAGGACACAAUUUCCUGUCCGUGUCUGUUUUGCUCUGACAAUUAACAAAUCCCAAGGCCAAACACUGGAUUACGUUGGAAUCUACCUUCGCGAGCCAGUUUUUUCUCACGGCCAAUUAUAUGUUGCUUUAUCCAGAGUAAAAACUUCUGCAGCACUUAAAGUCCUUAUCCUGCCUGGAACUUUUGAUGGCAUAAAAACUGAUUGCAGGACUAGAAAUGUUGUCUUUGAAGAAAUACUCCGACUAACUAAAAACUAG